CAUAAAUUAGUUGAAAGUAGUAAUGGCAAACUUGCUGAAGCCAUCGACGAAGCAAAGCGAGGAGUGGUUAUUGAAAUACUUGGCUAUAACACAAACGAUGACACUUAUAAAGUAAGAUAUGAAGGAGGCGUUGAAGAUGUUAUACCAUCUAAGAACUUGAGAGAGUCGAAGCCAACACAUCUGGGACCAUUAGAGCGGGAGUACUGGAAAGACAAAAAUAUGCCAGAAAGAAUAAGAAAAUUCUUCUAA